CUUCAUUCAACAGCUUCGAAGUAGAAAUGCUCGCAGCAAUCGUCAUUGCGAAGUUCAGUGCUUCAGUUCCUUCAAUGGUUGGUCGAAUUGGAAAAUUCUGUAGGGAAGAAGGCCUAACCUAUGCUUAUAUUCUUCUCUACAUUGCCCUCUCCAGUGGUCAGAUCUUCUUCAAUAAGUGGGUUUUGUCAUCGAAACAAAUAAAUUUUCCCUAUCCUCUGGGAUUGACACUACUUCACAUGUUCUUCUCCUCUGUAUUAUGUUUUAUCCUCACCGAAGUUCUGAAGAUUAUGAAGGUUGAGGAAGGGAUGACUGCAGAAAUAUAUACUACAACAGUUAUGCCAAUUGGUGCAAUGUUUGCAAUGACCCUCUGGCUGGGUAACACUGCAUACCUGUAUAUUUCUGUUGCAUUUGCACAAAUGUUGAAAGCUAUCAUGCCUGUUGCAGUCUUCAUCCUUGGGGUAGCAGCAGGACUUGAAGUAAUGAGCUGCAGAAUGCUUUUUAUAAUGUCAGUGAUCAGUAUUGGUGUCCUUGUGGCUUCAUAUGGGGAAAUUGAUAUUAACUGGAUUGGUGUGGUCUACCAAAUGGGUGGUGUUAUUGGAGAAGCUUUGAGGCUUAUUUUUAUGGAGAUUCUGGUGAAAAGGAAGGGUCUCAAGCUGAACCCUAUAUCAGUCAUGUACUAUGUUAGUCCUUGCAGUGCUGUCUGCCUUUUCAUUCCUUGGAUAUUCUUGGAGAAGCCAAAGAUGGAUGAAGCUGGAACCUGGACAUUUCAACCGGUUGUGCUAAUUCUCAACUGCCUCUGCACUUUUGCACUCAACCUGUCCGUUUUCCUUGUAAUCUCACAUAGAAGUGCCCUGACCAUUCGCGUUGCCGGUGUUGUCAAAGAUUGGGUGGUUGUCUUACUGUCAGUUGUUUUAUUUGCGGAUGCAAAGCUGACGGUUAUAAACCUGUUUGGUUAUGGCAUUGCCAUUGCUGGUGUAGCUGCAUACAAUAAUUACAAGUUGAAAAAGGAAGCUUUAAGAGCCAGCUCUGAUGAGUCUCAAACUGUUGAAGCUAUACCUCUGGUCAACUCCUGACCUUCUCAGAGAACAGAUGCAUUGAUGGAUUCCUCCACUGAUUUUACACUGUAUAAUCCUUGGUUUCUUUCUCUUUCCAAGGCUGAGGUAGCUAGUUACUGUUAUAAUAAUUCUUGUUGUAUUAUUGUGAUUCUUUUACAUGGUGAUACAGAGGCGGUAAGAUUGUUGUUGAUAGCGGCGAGCUGACACUAACAAGGGGUGGAGGAGUGAUCUUGUAGAGUCUAUACAUUUGAUCCUCCUGGAAGGAUUUGGAUAUUGGCUGAGGGCUGUACAUGGGGUAAACCAUAAAUUGGUGUUUUUGUUGUAAAGUCAUUUUUGGAAUUCAAUCAUAUUGAUUCAUUUCCAUACAAGUUAUAAAUAUUUGAUGUCAGAUAUUUACGCUGUGUUUGGUAUGCAUUCUUGGAAUAUAUUCUGGAUCUAGAAUCUAGAAUCAUUCUGAAGCAAGAAAUGAGAAGAAUUGGGUUUCAGAAUACGUUCUAGAUCAAAAAUUUAUUUUGAGAAUCUAUACCAAACACAGCCUUAGUGGAUUUAUUCAGUUUUAGAGGCCAAAGUGGUCCUCUCUCUCUCUCUCUCUCUC